AUGGAUGUGUCCUUCCCACUGUUCCUGGAAGAAGCCUAUCACCCUGCCCCUCUGGCAGAGCAGAGCCCCCCAGACACGUUUGUUGUGGAGGUCAGAGCCUUGUACAAGCUCCCUGUGGACUACAGCAUCACCUCUGGAGAUGAGAAGGGAUAUUUCAUCAUCCAUCCAUCCAAUGGUGUUGUAAGAACAAGUAAGAAUCUAAAACUGGAAGAUUUUCCAGUAAAUUUCAAGGUACGAGCAACAGACUCCUCUAAUGCUGCCAUAUUUAAUGAAGUGGAAGUGAAGGUGGAAGUCCUUGAUGAAAACAAUUUCCCCCCAGUUUUCCCAUCUUCUCUACUAGAAGAGAGAUUGCCAGAGCAUUCCCCUGCUGCUCAGAUUGUGCAGCUGAAAGCUCAGGACAGUGACACAGGCAGAAAUGGUUUCCUGACAUAUGGCAUUCUCAAUGGACAAGGACUGAAAUUCAGCAUAAAUGAAACCACUGGAAUCCUUUAUUCCACUGCCCCCUUUGAUUAUGAAGAGGAACCCACAGAGUACCAGGUUGUGGUGUAUGCUGAAGAUGAUGGGAUCCCUGAGAAGAAGAGGGGUUACUGCACAGUUGUGAUAAAGAUCACUGACAUUAAUGACUGGCCACCUGUGUUUGAUCCAGUGCCUGACUUUGGUGUCCAGGAAAACGUGCCUGUGGGAUUCAUAGUUGGAAAAGUCACAGCAUCAGACAGAGACACAGGAGACAAUGCCUUCAUUCUGUAUGAGCUCACAGGUGAGGGAGAAGAUAUAUUUGAAAUAGAUGCAAUAGAGGGCAUCAUUAAGAUAAAGAACUCUCCAGACUAUGAAACCAUGAAUAAAUACAACCUCUCAGUGACUGCAGUCAACAAUAAAUCUGCCCCUUUCUAUCAGGCAGCCAUCCAUGUCAGGGUUGCAGUGAUGGAUGUGAAUGACAAUGCCCCAGAGUUUGCCCAGAGCUCCUACUCUGCUGCCGUGAACAUGGUGAAUCCUGUGGGGGCUCCUGUCCUCACCGUGAGCGCCACUGACCGCGACCAGGGGCACAAUGGCCUCAUUGAGUAUUACAUCCUCCCGGACGCCAACGUGAGCCCCUUCUUCCUGAUAGAGGAUUUGAGUGAGGGGAAGAUAAUUACAACUGGGAACCUGUCUAGGUCUGGAGAGAUGCAUUUGACAGUGAUGGCAAAGGACAAAGGCUCUCCCCCUUUAAAUGGCACUGCUGUGGUUACUCUGAGCGUGUUUGACAACCGUCCCUUCGUGCCUCGCUUCAACCAAAGUGAGAUCAGCAUUUCUGUUUCGGAAAACACUGGAGUGGAUUAUUUAAUUUAUGAUUUUGCUGUGGCUGAAACUUCAGGCAAACUAAUUGACUACACUAUUGUAUCUGGCAACGAAAGAGGUCACUUCAGACUGGAUCCCGAAAGUGGUGAGCUGAGAACAGCAGUUAAUUUGGACUAUGAGGAAGUUUCUCAGUAUGUGGUUUUAAUUCAAGCAAACCCAAGAGUCUCCUCUGCUGCAGAAGAGCAGCGUUCAGGGCUGCUUGCUGACAACGCGGCCCUGCUGGCCAUCUCCGUGCAGGACGUGAACGAGCAGCCCGCCUUCCCCAGCCCCUCCUUCCGUGCCCGCAUCCCCAGCUCUGUGCCCUACAAAUACCCUGUCACCACAGUCCAGGCCACAGAUCCAGACUCAGGAGACAAUGGACGUCUGCAGUACAGCUUAGUGGGAGGCCAAACCAACGAAUUUGACAUCAAUGAAAACACAGGGCAGAUUUUCACAGUUUCUGUAGCAGGAAAAGCUGGAACGUUUUAUCUGCAAGUCCAAGCUGCAGACCAAGGCACAAGAAGACUCACAGCCCAGACAACAGUCAAUGUAACUGUUGAUUCCAGUUCCAGCAGCAACGUUGUGAUGCUGGUGCUAAAUCAGAAGAUCAGUGCUGUGGAAAGAAAGAGUGUUGAAGUACAAAGGGUCCUGGAAGAGAAACUUGGAUGGAAUGUAUUCGUGCUUAACAUCUAUCCCAAGGAGUCUGACAGAAACUCAAGGAGCAGCACUGAUGAAACCCACGUAGACAUCAUUGCUUUUGAUGAGGCCCGCCAGGAAGUACCUGCAGAAGAUGUGAAAAGGAAGCUGAGGGAGCAGAGGGCUGCCAUUGAGCUGGGGCUGCAGCAGGUGUUCUCAGCCCCCGUCAGCGCGGCCGUGCCCGAGGCCCCGGCGGCCGCGGCAGCCCCGGAGCGCACGGCCGCCAUCGUGCUGGGCGUGCUGCUGGCCGCCACCUCCAUCGCCUUCCUGGCCUACGUCCUGCUGGACCUCAAAAGGAAAAGAAAGUAUGGGAAACAGGAUUUGGUUAAGAAAGUUGAUGUUAUAGAGGGCAUUGAUAACCCGUGGGCAGAUGACAAAAAUGGAAGCCUGAAAAGCUUAGAGAAACCAGAGCACAUGAAUAAUGGGAGAACUGAGGUGAUGUCAUUUGACAACCUGGAAGGCACCAGAGGAGAUGAUGCUGAAAAAGAUGAAAUUCAGGCCCCUGAAAAAGGCAAUUACCUGGAGACAGUGCUGCUGGAUUACAAGGGUGAAAGUGAGGAACAUGGAGCACCUGAAAAAGCUGCUGAAAGUAGAAAUGUCGAGGUCCAGCCCACAGCGAGAUUCACAACAGAACAGGACUCCUUUCCAACAGACACAAACCAGAAGCCAGCUCUCUCCUUCUUAACACCUCAGCCCACACUGCCUGCCCCUGAGAAAGAACUGAAAGGAGUCAAGUUUUCAGAGGUGGCAGUGAUUUUGGACCCAGAGCCCGGAGAUGAUGAGUCUGAGGACGAUGAGCCUGGAGAUGAUGAGUCUGAAAACUAUGAGUCUGGUGAUGAUGUAUCUCUCUGAUAAGAACACUCCAUGAAGAACAUUUAUAGAAAAACCACAAUGAGACUCAUUGGAACAGCUCAGAAUUAAAUGAGCAAUAAGAAUAUGGGAAUGCUAUCCAGAUUUUAAUUUUGUUGCUGUUUUAAGGAUGGAUGAGGAAGAGAACAAGCAAUAUGCGGGAAGGGCUGCAGUGCUGCGCUGCAGGGCUGCUUUCCCAGCAGCAGCGCUGUCUCACUGUGUAUUUAAUUUCUUCUGGCACGUGUCAAAGACAAGACAAUAAACCCGAUUCCAGAGGCGCUGCCUUGUCAUUGCUUCAGAUCGAGUAAUUUGGGGACAUCAAUUCCGUUCUUGUGCGCAGAAUCGUCCGCCGCAGCGUCUGAAAACCAGAGUCUGUUUUCUAAUUUUCCUGUUCUCCUCCAUAUUUUUUCUCUCUCUCUCUCCUCUUUUCCAGCGAGGCGGUGCCUUUCCCCGGAGCAGCCCCGAAGGAGCGGCUUUUCCCCGGGCGCAGGAGCGGCUUUUCCCGGGCACGGGAGCGGCCGCCGAGCCCCAGAGCAGCGCGGAGGCUCCGGGCGCUGCCGGGCCCGCUGCCUCCGCCCCCCGCGCCGGGAGGAAGGGCAGGG